AGAAACGAAAGGAGCUGAUAUUGACUUAUUGAUCACAAAAUAUAACUAUGUUCACCUCACGACAUUUAUUUAGUAAAUUUAAAAUGUUAAACAAGAAAUUUGAACGCCUGAAAUGUUCAAGUCAAAUUAUAUCUAUAUUAGAAAAACCAAAUAUUAACGAUGUGACCGAGGUUAAGGGUUGGGUGAAAAAUUUGAGAAUACAAAAGGAGCUUAUAUUUGCAGAUGUUAGUGACGGCUCGUGUAAUAAAAAGUUGCAAGUUGUAAUUCCUAAAAACCUGAGCACCGAUACAUUAAGUUAUGGCAGUUCCAUAUAUGUCACUGGGCAGCUGUCGAAAAGUCCGAGAGGUCAGCUGGAACUUGUCGCAGAUACCUUGAAAGUUAUAGGACGCUGCGUGGUCGCGGAAGGAUAUCCAUUUAACCCAAGAACUACACAUACUUCUGAUUACAUUCGUCAAUAUUUGCAUUUGCGCUCUAGAACUAAUUAUAUGUCAGCCAUACUAAGAAUAAGAAAUGCUGUUACAAUGCUCAUUUAUGAUUUUUUCCAUUCAAGAAAUUUUAUAAACAUUCAUACACCCAUACUGACUUCAAAUGAUUGCGAAGGAGCUGGGGAAGUAUUCAAAGUGCAACCGGAUUGUGAAACAACUGUAAAAGCUAUGAUGAAAGAAGGUAGAGACAAUGAUGCUGUGUAUUUUGGUUCAAAAACUUUUUUAACAGUUUCUGGGCAGUUGCAUCUUGAAGCUAUUUGUAGAGGCAUGGGUAAUGUAUACACUCUUGGACCAACAUUUCGAGCAGAAAAUUCUAGAUCACGGUUGCAUUUAUCUGAAUUUUAUAUGCUAGAAGCAGAAUUAGCAUUUUGUGAUAAAUUGGAGCAGUUACAAAUAGUUGUAGAAAAGUUGUUAAAACAUAUUUUUACUAAAAUAAGAGAUACCAAUGAAGCAGAUUUGUAUUUAAUAGAUAAAGAAAAUAAUAAGUUGCCGUCUUGGAUUGAUAAAAGUUUUAUUAUAAUUACAUAUGAAGAAGCAAAGAAUCUUUUGAAUAAAAAGGACUUGACCGUAACAAAAGAAGGAAUAAAUAAGGAACAAGAAUUAGCACUAAUAGAAUACUGUGGUGGAGUGCCUGUGUUUGUAGUCGAGUGGCCCAAAGAAAUGAAAUCAUUUUAUAUGAGAGAGUGUCAGGAUGACAAUACAAAGGUUGAUGCAUUUGAUCUUCUAACACCAAUCACUGGGGAAGUCGUCGGCGGUAGCCUAAGAGAGGAUAAUUACAAUAAAUUGAAGGCAAAAUUACCUUCAGAACAGCUGAAUUGGUAUGUUGAACUGAGAAAGUUUGGCAACAUACCAACUGGUGGAUUCGGCCUCGGUUUAGAGAGAUUGUUACAAGUUUUGUGUAAAAUCAGUAAUAUAAAAGACACCAUACCUUUCCCCAGGUGGCCGCACAACUGUAAUAUGUGAGAAAGAGAUCUUUUUUAAGAAAGCGUUAGUUGCUAGUUUUACUACUAGUAUCUUUUCUAAUACAUGAGCUAUCUAUAAAUUCAUUGUUAAAAUUUCGUCUACAGAUGAUAAUUAUUUAUACAGUUAUAUAUUAUUUUACAGUUAUUAUGUUGAUAUAAGACAAAUAUAACAUAAAUUUUGACCAUAACUUUAUUGGUCAUAGGAUUAAGUGAUUGUUUCAUUUGUGCAUGUUUAAUUUUUCCGUCAUUCCAAAUAUCUAAAUAAAUAAACAUUAGAAAACAUCACAUACAUUGCUCAGAUUCUAAGAUGUGUAGCUAAAGCCCACUCGCAUGAUGGAGUAUCUGAGACAACGAAGGUCAAGUUUAUAAUUAAAAUGCACUGGUAAUUUAAAAUACUUAUAUUUAUUUAUUAAACUUUUGAGUAAAUGAAACAAAAUUGCAUUGAAACAAAUAUCACACUUGGAAACACAAAUAAAUAAAAUGUCACUGGACUUAUUAGAAACCAUGUCUUAAAAAAGCCUUAAUAAAAACAAGUAAGCAUUCAACUUCUUAAUUAAUACAAAACGUUGCCUAUAUUUAUAUUAAAUCUGAUAAGAUCCUAUUAAUUACUUUUGGUCAUUUUAGAUCAGACUUCACGAGUUUCUCAUCAUAUAAAAGUAGUUUAAUAGGUUGGGGAAAAAGUUCCUUCGCAUUUUAUAUGAAUAUUCAUAACAUUUUUUACUAAAUUUUAUUACAUUUAACUGAUCCCGUCGCUAUAGAAAUUUUGGGACUUCUCAUUAAAAAACCGCAACAAGUGGUUUUGGCAGUUGUUACGUGGCGAAAGCAAACUAGUCCUUGUUAAAAAUGAAAUUUAAUAUACACAACAUUAUAAUAGAAACA